GCACUCUCCUCACUUCACCCCGGAGGUAGAGCCUCAGUUGCUGCUACGACAUUUCCUUCCCACUCGCCUCGACAAAAAAAAAAACUUUUCCAGAGGAACAAUCCCAGUUUUCCUCCCCCUCCUAACAUCAAACAAGCCAAAUCGGCAACACGACCAGACCUGAAACCCGAAAUGUCUCCUCCGUCUAGAAGAUUGCAGACCAAACCCGUGAUAACAUGUCUGAAGACCUUUCUGAUUUCUUACAGCCUUAUCUUUUGGUUCACAGGGGUGAUCCUGUUAGCAGUGGGAGUCUGGGGGAAGGUUAGUCUGGAGUCCUAUCUCUUGCUAGCCUCAGACAUGAGCACCAAUGCACCAUAUGUCCUUAUUGGCACUGGUGCAAUCAUCGUCAUCUUUGGCCUCUUUGGUUGCUUCGCCACCUGCCGUGGUAGUCCAUGGAUGCUGAAACUGUAUGCUAUGUUCCUGACUCUAGUAUUCUUGGCUGAACUUGUGGCAGGCAUUUCUGGCUUCGUUUUCAGACAUGAGAUCAAAGCAGUCCUUAAAGAUGUAUACUGGAAUGCUGAAAGAAAGUACAAUACUACAGAUGGCAGAAACCAAGCAGUGGAUUCCAUGCAGACAUCUCUGAAGUGCUGUGGUCUGUACAACUACACUAGCUGGGGACAGACAGAGUACUUCAAGCAGCAUGGCAUACCGAUAAGCUGCUGUAUGCCACUGGCUAAUUGUACCACUGAAAAUCUCAAAGAUCUGAACCUGGCUCGAACAGUGGUAUACCAGCAGGGCUGCUUCUCUCUGGUGACAACUGCGAUGGAGUCUAAUUUGGGAAUCAUCGCUGGGAUAUCUUUUGGAAUAGCAUUCUUCCAGCUUAUUGGUGUAUUCCUGGCAUGCUGCUUGUCACGCUACAUCACCAACAACCAGUAUGAAAUGGUCUAGGCAUUUCAGGGUGGAAACAUGAGGUCAUCUAUGAUAUACGACACAAAGGGAAGCCAUAUAGUUUUAGAAUUGUUUCUCAUUUUAGAAAAUCCUCCAGCUACCCUUUUCUUUUUUUAAGUGUUAGUCCAUGGCAACUAGAUCGAAGGGAGGGAUUUAAUUUGCUAUAUAGGGGAUCAUGUCUUUUCACAGUUAUUCAUCUUGAUGCAGUUAUGUGCCUUUUGUAGUUUGUUAAUGGAAAUUAUGGAAAAGAUUCACAGAAAGUAGAGUUGGUGCAGGUUUUUGCCAGUGUUAAACUUGUGAAAUCAAUGGUAUAUACAUUUACUGACUUGCCUUUGGUAGUUGGUCUUAAUAUUAUUCCUUUUUCAGUUUAAUAACUUGCAAGUUCCUAGGUCAAAAUAAAUUAUUUUGAGUAGAGGGAAACAAACUGGGGUUACGUUGAUAUGAGGUGGCAUUGUAUAUUCAAGCCUUAUUUCAUGUAAUAUUGCCUUACCAAACAAAUGUUGAACUGCAGAUCCUUCUUUAUGGGCCAACAUUUCAUAUGAAUAUGGUUCACUGACAUUAAGACAGUGAUGUAUCUUAAUAAGAGUCAGUGUAUUGUAAGUAUAUGUAUUGCUUUUGUUCAUUGAGUGGCUUUAUUAUAAUACUGUAUUUAGUUAAUGCACAUUCCCUGCAACACAACAGCUGAGGGCACAUCUGCCCUGAUAGUGUGCUUACUUCGAAGUAUUUCCAGUUUUCUGUUUUUCUUUUUUUGUGAAACACUGGCAUUUCCAAGUUCGCUGGAGUGACACAUAACCUGAUUAUUGCAUUUCAUUGUCUUGUAUGUCUAAGUUAACAUUUUAAAGCAUGUAGUAUCUGUACUCUGUACAUUCUGUCAAUGAUAAUUCAGUGUUAAUAGCUUGCUUUGAGUUGUGUGAACAGCAUGUAUUAUACAUCAAAAAGAAUAAACAAGCUUAAGUUA